CGGGGAGCGGCGCGGCGGCGGAGGGUCGGGUUGGGUCGGUGCCGGCAGCGGCAUGGGACGGCCGCGGGAGGGAGGCCGAUCGUGAGAAGCCAAGCGCCCUCCCUCCCCUCCCCUCUGAUCAGAUUCCUUUUAAGUGAAGCUCGCUCAGUCUCUGGGGACCAGAUCUCACCGAUGACUGGGAAGCAAAGAGUACCCAGGAAAGCACUUUUACCACGGACUCCACCUCAGGAGCACCAGGAACUCAUCUUCUAAAUAAAAUCUGUGCCCCUUCCGUGCAGACCCGAUGUCUGCUGCAAUGGAUACAGAAUCAACAUAUUCGGGAUACUCCCACUACUCAGGUCACUCCAAAAAAGCUCACAGACAAGGGAGCCGGGACAGACACAAAUCUCCCCGAAGCAAAGAUGGCAGUCGGUCUGAGAAGUCCGUCACUAUCCAGACACCUCCUGCAGAGCCGCUGCUGGGGAACGACGCCUCUCGGGCAGAGGAGGGCCAGGAUGACAACUGGGGUGAGACCACGACAGCAAUCACAGGCACCUCUGAGCACAGUAUUUCCCAGGAGGACAUUGCCCGGAUCAGUAAGGAUCUGGAAGACAGUGUUGGGUUGGACUGCAAACGUUACCUGGGCUUAACAGUGGCAGCUGUUCUCGGACUCCUAGUCUUCCUUACCCCCAUUGCCUUCAUUCUGUUACCCCAGAUCCUGUGGCGAGAUGAUCUGGAGCCGUGUGGUACUGUCUGUGAGGGACUGUUCAUCUCUGUGGCGUUUAAACUCCUCAUUCUCCUGAUUGGGACCUGGGCUCUUUUUUUCCGCCAACCCAAGGCAGAUCUACCGAGGGUGUUUGUGUUUCGGGCCCUUCUGCUGGUCCUCAUAUUCUUCUUUGUGUUUUCCUACUGGCUCUUUUACGGCGUUCGCAUCUUGGACUCGAAGGACACCAACUACCAGGGGAUAGUGCAGUACGCCGUGUCCCUGGUGGACGCCCUGCUCUUCAUCCACUACCUGGCCAUCGUGCUGCUGGAGCUGCGGCAGCUGCAGCCCACAUUCACCGUCAAGGUGGUUCGCUCCACGGACGGAGAGGCGCGGUACUACAGCCUGGGACACCUGAGCAUCCAACGAGCUGCACUGGUGGUUCUGGAAAAUUACUACCGAGAUUUCACAGUCUACAACCCAGCCUUGUUAACAGCCUCCAAAACCCGAGCAGCCAAGCACAUGGCUGGCCUGAAAGUCUACAAUGUUGAUGCUGCCCUUGCCUUCAAACUGAAAGCAUAUAUAAUGGGGGGCCCAGGUAACAACGCGUCGGGGCAGUCCCGGGCCAUGAUCGCGGCCGCCGCCCGGCGCAGGGACUCCAGUCACAACGAGCUCUACUACGAGGAGGCCGACCACGAGCGCCGCGUGAAGAAACGCCGGGCGAGGCUUGUGGUUGCGGUAGAAGAGGCUUUCACUCACAUCAAACGCCUGCAGGCAGAGGAACAGCAGAAAGCUCCAGGAGAGAUGAUGGACCCCCGAGAAGCAGCCCAGGCAAUCUUCCCCUCCAUGGCAAGAGCUCUGCAGAAGUACCUUCGCACCACCCGCCAGCAGCAGUACCACAGCAUGGAGAGCAUCUUGCAACACUUGUCCUUCUGCAUCACCAACAACAUGACACCAAAGGCAUUCCUGGAGCGUUACCUCAACCCAGGCCCAACCCUCCAGUAUGACAGGGAUCGCUGGUUCUCCAAGCAGUGGACGCUGGUCAGUGAGGAAGCGGUCACAAGCGGGUUACAAGAUGGCGUCGUGUUUGUCCUCAAGUGCUUGGACUUCAGCCUUGUUGUUAAUGUGAAAAAAAUCCCCUUCAUCAAACUCUCAGAAGAGUUCAUAGACCCUAAAUCUCAUAAAUUUGUCCUCCGCUUACAGUCUGAGACUUCAGUCUAAGGGAUUUUGAGGGUGGGUUGUUGGGAGAUUUUUAUUUUUUUUUUUUUUUCAAUAUCGUGCUUUUGGGUUUAAUUUCCCCAAUGCUGACUGAAACUGGCAGAUGAUGGACCAGUAAUAUUUGACCAUCUGCACUUUAUUUGGAAAGGGGAGGGGGGGGAGUUGGGCUAUCUUAUCUAUAAAGAAGUAUCUUAAGAGGCAACAGGGUGACUUGGCUCAGUUAGCUCAGCCUUGGAGACAGAACAGAUUUUUUUCUUUCCCCCUCUUUCCAAGCAUCCUGUAAAUCUCACGCUCUUUCUCUGCACGGCUGCAGUGUCAGAGCUGUUGUUGGAGCGCUGCCUUACACCGCGCACGCCUGCGCCCUUGUGUCUCUGCUUUUGCCACCUGUGGCUGCUCCUGAGGGCUCAUUGCUCGCCUCUCCCUCACAGAAACCUCCUGGCACUGGGUGCUGCAGUCCCUGCUCACUCAGGGAGGAGGGGAUAUCAAAGGGUGGGAGUGUGAGGGGACUUCUAUUCUUUAUUCUUCUCCUCCUCUCCAUGUGCCUCUUCUGUCAGUGCCGGACUUGUAUGGGCAUAAUGGGAUGGUUUCACUCUCUGUUGCUUGUCUUGAACUGGAUCAGCCCAUUUGCAGCUCUUCAAUUUUUAUUUUUUGUUUCUUAAUCAGUGCUUGUUAGUGAAGUUGUUCUUCAUGUCACAGCUCCCUGUUAUGUCUCACCUGCUUCCCUCUGUUCUGCUUGUCUGCGUCUUUCUCAGGCACUCCCGAGGCUUCCUGUUACUGUCCCCUUCUGUCUGGGUUUCUGAAUGUGUUUCUCCAGGCACUGGCACUUCCUUCUGCACCUGCAAGGGCUGUGUAUUUGCACUGGGACAGGGUCAGUAAGUAGCUGGCUCCUCCUCAGAUAAAUCACAGACCCACCCUAUGUCUGACAGCUUCUUUGAGGGGAAGGAGGUGUGGGCAGGAAUGUGCCCCUCCCUCUCUAGCCAGCUUCAGGUGUGUCUGGAGAAAAGAUGGGCAAAAACACUUCCCUCCUUCAGGAGAGGAGCCAGGGAAAGGCUGACCUCUGCCCCAUUCAGUUGCUUUGGAGAACUCUUGUGCUCUGGAAACACUGCAAUGAGUCCUUCCCCACCGUACGCCUUCUGCUGUAGCUAAGAAAUACCAAACAAUGCCUGAAUGUUGAAAAUCUGCCUGCCUUUCUUGGCCUUGUUGUGCUGUGGGAGUUUCUGCUCAGUGCUGGGAUCUGCUUUAGAGAGAUGCAGUUAUGUUUGUGAGGCUGCCUUUGCCCACUGGUGCAGCUUUCACGUGUGAGUUUAGUCGCCUGAGUUUGGAAGGUUUGUUUUUAACGGUGAGCCUAAGUCAGUGUCUGAAGUCUGAUUGCCAGCACAGAGCAUGGAGUGACUGGAGCCAGCUGCAAGGCUCGAAUCGACCUGAAGGUCCCUCAAGAUCCGUGUGAAUGUAAAUGAUCAAUUCAUUCUGCUCAGUCUUUUGCCAUGCAAAUAUCCCUUAUCAGGCAGGAUCUGGCCUGCCCUCCAUAUGGAUGUCUUAACCAAGAAGGCCCUGGUUCCAGCAGAGUGUAAGUCAGUGCCUUUCACUGCCAGCCUGCACAGUCUUCUGAGGAGGGCUGCGACAGCCCCUCCUGUCCCUUUUGCCCUUCCCCAGACCUUCCCAUGGCAGGCAUGGGCUGGCUGGUGCCCACCACAAGCUGGUGGGAGGGAGCAGCCACCUUAAACAGGGAUGCUGGGGACAGGGCAGCAGGGUCCAUCCUCUUCCAACUUCAGCAGCAGUGGAGAUGCCUAUCUGACAGCACCUGUGCAUAGUCCUCUUGGUAUCAAGGGAGCACCCUGGUGAGUGAGGGUCCAAAGUGAUGAAAUGCCAUCCAAGUGACACCUGCAGUUUCCUGCACCUUUCUUACAAGCACAUGGUAGUCUCCUGGAUCCUUUUUAGUCCAUGUAAUGUGCCAGACGUGGUUGUAAAGAAACUGGAUGGCACAGCACAUGACAGGAUUAUGCCCUUUGCCCUUAAAGGAUGGGAAGUGGGUAGUGUUUUCCCUUCUCUAAACUCAGUGUUUGGGUUUUGUUUUGGUUUUUUUUGCAGAUCAGGCUUUCUGGUAGUCUGUAUGGGGACUCCUUUAUUGACUGUGGCCUUUGCAGUGUUUUGCUUUGAAAAAAUAUGUUGGUUUAUUCCUUUAUAAGAAAAAAAAAAAGGAAGGAGAACAUACAGUAUUUUACACUUGGCUCUCCUGAAGAUGCCUGCACCUGGCUUUUAUGAUGUGCAUAACCAGCAGGGUGGGAGAGACUGGGAGUAGCUUGGGAGACUGUGGAGUACUUAAUACCUGUGUGGAGGCUACUGCCUGUGGCUGAAUUGGCUCAUAUCUGUGAAGCCAGAACAAGAACCACCUUGCCGGGGGCUUGGGUGUGCUGUUUAUGUGAGAGCACCUUGUCACAGGCACAUCUGCAAAACUUCUUUACUUUCCCAGGAUUUCCUUCCCCUUUCCUUUUCCCUGCCCCAUGAGGAGGGGUUGUCUGACAGUAUCUGCUCAGGAAACUCAUGUCUUAAUUUUGUUAAAUCCUUUAACACAUGGAGAACCAGAUGGAAGCAGCGUGUGCUCAAUCUGGGUCUGCUUCUUCAUCUCUGUGCUGUGGUUCAACACUGCCUUUUCUGCCUGCUGCCAAAAAGGACACUCUCAACAGGGGCCAACUCCUGCAUUUAAUGCUCUUCCCUAUGUCAGCAGUGUGAAUGCUUUGCCUGAUGAAAUCUGAAGGAGAGGACUCUCUCAAAUGGUCUCUUUAGAGAUGCAACCUGCUUAGAGGCAAGGACAGACUGAAAGGGGAAUCAUAAUUCCUGAAUAUUCCCUGUUCUGGUAUUUUUAGUGACAUUUUUCAGGGUCUCUCUUGCUUCCCUUCGCCAUGCAAAGUCAGGGGACCACCGUCAUACCUACCUCACUGGGGUGUUGUGAGGCUAAACUCAACUUGCUUUCAAGUGCUUUGAGAUCCACAGUUGGAUCUGUGGCAUCUGUAGGAAUUCAAACUAUAAAAAAUACUGAGCGGUGAGUGCAGACUGGUUUGUUUAACUCUGUUUGUAGCCAGCUAAUGAGUAAGAAUGGAGUCAUAGGGAACAAAGCUGAUCCAAUUCCUGCAACCCUUACUUCUGCCGAGCUUGCCAAGAGCUGAGCAUAAAUACAACUUGUAGGGUUUGCCAACCAAGUGCAGGCUGUUCCUCCGAAUGCCUCUCCUAUCCUGCACUGUCUCCUUGCACAUAUUUUCUUUCCUCUCUCCCACUCUGGAUGUUUGUACCUGGUUGGGAAUUGUGGGGGUUUUAUUAGAAUUCAAGUGGUCUUUUAAGACAACCCUGUUUGUGAUUAAGUGGUCAGUGUCCCCCUUGGAGAUGAUCCUUGCACUGGAUGUCCUUCACUGGACCAUUUGAUAGGAUGCUGUGCUGCCCACCUGGGGAGUGGUGGUGGCCCACUCCUCUCUUCUGUGUUGGCACGUUUCCUGUAACUCAAGUUUGCUGCUCAGAUACUUUAAAGACUUUGGUUUUUUGCUCUCAGAUUUGUUGCAGCCUAAAUCCAAAGCCAUGCUGAGGUCUUCUUGCAAAUCCAGAUGCAGCUGAGACUUUCAAGUGUUCUAGAGCAGAUGGAAAUGACUGUGGGUUUCCAUGAAGGCUGGCUUUCUCUUUCAUGGCUAUAAAGUGAAAGAUUUGGAUUUCUUGCGGCUUCCAGGAGUGUAGGGGCAGAUACUACUCUAAACACUUUGCCAGUCCUGUAACUGGGCAUGGGCAGAUGUUGUCACAUCUGUUAGCCUCUCAUUGCCGUGUGGCUUCAGCUGUGGGUGCAGACUCUGUGAGGCUGCCCUGGGUCUCAGUGUCCUUUCCCACACCUGGACGCCAAGCAGGCAGCCGUCUUGGAAGUGUUAAGCAUUGUAGCACUCUGCUCCAUAGCAUAUCUGCAGGGCUGGGAGGUGCUGAGGCUGCAGUUGAAAGCUUGGAGGCAGUGCACAGUAAGGCUCGAGUUUGGAGGAGAUCUGAACAAAUCCCAACCCUUACGAAACCUCCAAACCUUUUCCUUUGGGAUGGGGCUCUCUGGGCAAUGCCCAGGGAAUCUGCUGUUGCUGAGUAUGCCAAAAGCUGUAGGGAAGGAGUUUCUGGAGCUGGUCCUGCCCCACAUAAGUAGCUGUGAAGCAUCUCAUUUGAGAUGUGCUCACUUCCAACACUUGCCGCUGAAGAAACUGGAAAGAUCCAUAACUUGGCUAAACAUGGAAACCUAUUCAAGCCAAUUUCAUCUUGCUCACCAAAACAUGUAAUUCUGCCCUUUUCAAAGGUAAAACAAAAGUCUUGCAGUCUUCUGCAGCAAUGCAGUAGUCUGGUCCCAAGCUGGCUCCUCACUUGGUCUCAGUGCUGCCCAGCUGAGUGAGAGCUGCUCCCGAGGUGUGUGUGCAGGUGUUUUCUCAUUCAGCUUGUGUGUGUCUGUGUGCUUUUCCCCCUCUAGGUGUGCACAUUAUACAUGCUUAAAGCCUCAAGCCAGACUUGGUGGUUCAGUGUUUCAGCUGUUGUAAAGAAGGAAGUGCUCUUGGAAUUUCUUGGUCUUAGAAAACAAACAAAAAAAGAUGAAGUAAAACCCCCAAAUUUCUGUUCUAAAAGAGAUGGCUUUGAGCCAUGAUGUCUCCUACAGGGGUGUGCGUCCUCCUGCGUUCAGGCUGCUGCCUCCCAUCGAUGAUGACCAAAAGUUGCCGUUUCUGACAACUGUGGGCGGUGCGGGUCGCUUUGGGAUAGCGAUGAGCUGGGUCCCCGCCGUGCCAGCGGUACAGCUGGCAUUACCCACCCAUCUGCAUCCCUCCAAGAGACUGCAUUUUUUAUCCCUGUGGCACACGGAACCCUGUGGGCAGCAGGCAGCCAGCCCUGCCCUGGGUGUGCUCUGCCCGGGGAGGAGGGGAUCCUUCCCCCCCUCUGGCUGCUUCCCGGGCACCUCUCACCAGCGCUGACGAUGCUUGGGGGUGUCUCCUGUGUGCACCGUGGGGAGAUGCUGUGGCCACUACCUGAGCAGGCAUAACUGUGAAGGAAUCUUACACUCUUCUGUGCCUGUUUCUUUGAUUCAGCAUUAUUGUGUCUUGGGGACGGGGCUGGGAGUAAAAUGCCCUUCCCCCACCCUCCUUUAUCACUGUGUAAUACUUUUUCUACACACUCUGUGUAUAGUAAGAAGGGUUUUGCCAAGGUUUUCUAAUUAAUAGACACUAACCAGCAUUUCUUUCUUUUUUCUCUUCUUUGCACAUGUGACUUUAACUGCAGUGGUACAUGGUCUUUCUGUUCUUUUCUAAUCGUGAACUUAAGUAAGCAAAUUCCUGGUGUCUGUGACAUUAAUGCACUGUGGGUUUAGCCUUGUAAAUUGUUCUGUUCCAAGCUGGGUUCUCUUAAGUUAUAGCUGGAUGGGGUUUUGUUGUUUUUUAAACUGGAACAUAAAACCGUUUUACACUUUGCAUAUUUUGUACAGUAAAAUUCUGGAAAUAAACUGAAACCAGA